UCCCAGUUUCAGCUGCCUGUAUCACCCAUCCAAUUUCAUCUACAUGUGCAUGUGCAUGGUUUCAGGAGCAAAGCAAAAAAAAGAAAAAAAAAGUAAAUCGCAAUACUAACUCAAUUCAGUCCGCAUAAUGACGGUUGCUGCACCUCCCGUGGCUCCGGCCCACGAGAAUGGUGUCAACGGCGUCCCAGGGCACCAUCACCACCAUCACCAUCAUCUCAAUAUGGCCCUGCCUCGAUUCCACCCAAUUGCCAUGAACCCCAACCAACAAGUGCACCCGGACCAUCUACCACCUCACCAUCACUUUCGUCACUUCCCGCCUCCGCCUCCAUUGCAAGACCAUGGACACGGCCCCCCGGGCCCGCCUCCGCCUGUACACCACUUAGACCACAUCGAAGGUCGCUUAAGACAGCUGGAGCAUGAAGAGGCUGCCCGCAUGGCUGCGCGUAGCCACCUACUAGCCGUCCGCAAGCGUGAAGAUGAAGAAUUCCGUAGGAUGACUGAAAAUGCCGAAGCUGAAGAAGAGGAACUCCGUAGACAGCGGAAACGGUUGAAGCGCGAGUCUUUGGGGCUGGGUUUCAACGGCAACGUGGAAUCCCCGCCGCUACGACCAACGCCCCCGCGUCGUCUCUCCGAGACCAAUGCGGCCACGACCCUUGCCUUUUUCAAGCAACAGAGUCCGCCAGAGCCCCGUGCAAUCCCUCCACCGCCGCCGCAGAUUCCGCCCCCUCACCAUCAUAUCCCGCCGCCCCAGCAUCUCCACCACCACGACCCCAACGGAGCCAGUUCCAUCCGGCGCAAGCAGAAGUACACGAUCAAGAAUGUCGAAGCGUGGGGGGAGCGUCAUGGGCGACCAGCAUCGCAUGAUCCGUCGGGUCGUGCUCUGUGGAAGCGGCCGUCGGACGGCAGCCUGGUCUACCUGACGUGCCCGGUGUCCGGCUGCGGGAAAGCCGACUUUGUGACCUUGCACGGGUUCAUGUGCCAUCUGACCAAGAAGCACAAGGACCGCAGCCUCGGGAGUCAGUCGAGAGCGCUCGAAGUGUGCGGCAUCGUGUUCGACCCGAAUGCGCCCCUUCCGCCAGUGUCGACCGUUCAACGGGCGUCCACCGAGGAGAGCCGCAUAGACUCGGCCCCCGAGGGCUACUCCCAGGACAUCGAAUACUCCUCCGCGUCGGAAGAAGAGGAAGGACGGAUCAAACGAGUGAAGCUGGAGGCCGUGGAGAAGACCAUGCCACCCCCGCCCAUGGCCCCUUUCCCUCCCCCCGAGGAACCGGUGCAGGCACCGAAGGUCAACGGCUCGACCUCGACCUCGACCUCGAUCUCAACGAAACAGUCCAUCUCCUCGAUCAUCGAUCGCAAUCCGGAAGAAGAGUAUCGCCCGCGGGAGCGCGAUAAUUCACCCCCUCUGCGGCCGGUUGAGCCCCCCUCGCGACCCUCCCCGGAGCACCGGUCCCCUCCCACUCGAGACGAGGCCGAGAUCCCUAUUCCUCCGCGAGUGGAGCGAGGCCGCAGUGAACCUCGAGAUCCUACCGAACGGAGGUGAUCGAAAUCGCCCAGUAUAAUACGAACAAUUCGCUGCGUUUUUGUCAUCUGCGCAGAAGUUGCAUUCCCCAGUCGCAUAGUAUAAGCAUGCAUUCGCUUUGGCCUUCAUUCAUUGCACUUUUUGCGUCAAUACCCGAUUGUGUAUCCUGGGUGGUUUUCU